GGUGUUUGUUCAGGGAAGCUUCCAACCGCCAGAAUGGAGGCAUCGGAAAGUAAAGUCAAAGAAUUAGCAAACGAAAAUGGAUAAUGGUCGAAUGAUUUGGUGUUAAGUCCACACGUUAUCACCUAAUUAACCAAAGAAACCAGACGCAUCUCUCACUAACUCUAACCCAAAAAUGGUUCUGCUGCAGCAAACCAGGCUAGCUUUCUUUCUAGCACUCUGUGUACUCUUCCUCAGCAGCAGCACAGCGGAAGAUGACGCCGCGGUGAUGUUGAAGCUUGCAGAAGGCCGGAAGAACACACCCAAAGACUGGUCAACAGGCAAAACCUACUGCGACUGGGAGGGCAUCGAAUGUGUCGGAAACAGAGUCGCCACCGUCAACUUAUCCUCCAUGUCUCUCUCUGGCUCUCUCCCUUCAAAUCUCAACUCUCUCACUCAGCUCACCACCCUCUCACUCCAAAGCAACUCUCUUUCUGGCUCCUUUCCUUCUUUAGCCAACCUCUCUGCUCUCCAACAAAUCUUUCUGGACACCAACAAUUUCACUUCCAUUCCUUCUGGAUGUUUUCAAGGCCUCUCAAGCUUGCAGGUUUUGAGCAUGAGCCAAAACAUCAAUCUUGAUCCAUGGGUUUUCCCCACUGAGCUCAUUCAAGCUUCAAGCUUGGUCACUUUAGCUGCAGGUAAUGCAAACUUAUAUGGGUCUUUGCCUGAUAUCUUUGCG